AUGGUGGACGUUCUCAAACAGAUGGAGAGCAUGCCCACGGAGGUAGGGGGUGUCCUGGCGAAGGUGCUGGACGCUCCUGGGGAGGUGAGGGGCGUCUUGGAGGAGGUUGCAGGGGUCCCCAAAAAGAUGGAGAGCAUCCUUGAGGAGGUGGGGGACACCCCCAAGGAAAAGAAGGACAUUAGCCAGCAGGUAGAGGGCGUCCCCGAGGAGGUGGGGGGCAUCUCCGAGCAGGUGGAGAUGGUGGUCACCCCCGAGGAGGCAAAGGACGUGCACCAGGAGGUGGAGAGCCCGAUGCUGCCAUCAGGUGGGCCCAAGGGGCUGCCAUCCAUGACCCAAGGGGCAGACACCAAGGGCUCAGACAUCAGGCCAGCGGAAGAAGACAGUGAGACGGCUGGCGUCCAGGGCAUGGUGGACUCAUUCCAAUUUCCCGUGCUGGGUUUACAUUUUGUGUUUUUUGAUCUUGUUCACACCAUGCUGCAACGUAUAUACUACAACCAUCAUGUGCCGGUUCGCCCGCGCACAGGUUACCUGAUUCUGCGCCCGCGGGCGGGGCUUCAUGAGGGCCAUGAUACACUGGCCCAGUUGCCUCCCGUGCAGCCUUCCAGCGGGGGCUGGGGCGAGGGCCUGGCCGAAGGGGCCACUACCACUGCCUCGGCUACUGCUGUCUCUGCUGCCACGGCUGCUGCCCCCCAGGCCUCCCUUCAGCACCCACCGCUGCCACCACCUAAGGCCCUGGACCACGCUGGAAAUGAGCUCCCAGAGGAGGCCGCACAUCGGGAGGGGCCUGAGGAACUCCCCCAAAGUCCCAUGUAUCAAGAGGGGCUUCCUGGGCCCCUGAAGGAGGGGCUCGAGGGGCCUCCAGAGGAUCCUCCUUACCAGGAGGGGCCAGGGGAGCUCCUGUAUGGGGCUCCACAUCACGAGGAAGGGGAGCCCACACAUGCAGCUGUUCAUCACGAAGCUGGGGAACCACCACAACACGAGACUGGGGAGCCCCCACAGGCAGAUACAGAUGCCUAUCAGGAGGCCCAGGAGCACCUAAAUGAGGCCACAGCCCCACAAGGUAAAGAUCCCCUGCACCAGACCCCGGAGGACGACGAGGAGGAGGAGGAGGAGGACGAGGAGGAGGAGGAGGAGAAG